UGAGCUUGAGGAUUCUAAUAACAGUACUCUUUGGUUACACUCUGAUAUCAAUAAACUUCUUGACAUAUUGGCUAUAAACUGGGAGUUAUAUAAAUCUAAUAAAACCAAAUUCUGUGCAACUGCUGCUAUUAGAUUGGGAAAAAAUAAAACUGGAACACAGGAAGUUACUGGUAAAGCAACAUCUAAAUGGCCAUAUUUAGAAAAAAUGGAGCACUUAUUUGGUAGUAGAGAUAACAUCAAUCCUUAUUAUUUAAUUUGGUUUUUAUCUUCAGAUAUUGAUUAUCAUAUUUGUACGUAUAUCUAG